AUGGGCGUUCGGGGGCUUGUGCCUUUCUGUCCUUGGAAUUGGUGCCUGUUGCUAGCGACCCUCCAGUGUUGUGGAGCAUCUUCUGAGUUGAACAGAUCCACAGAUUCCUCUGCCCAGCGUGAGCUUAAUGUCCGGUUUGCUGCUGCCAGCUCCCAGCCAGCCGAGGCAUUAUCUGUCUUCACACUGGAUUAUGACUACGUGCAAAUUCCCUACGAGGUCACCCUCUGGAUACUCCUAGCAUCACUUGCAAAAAUAGGCUUCCACCUCAACCGCAGGCUACCCGGCCUCAUGCCCGAGAGUUGCCUGCUCAUCCUCGUGGGGGCGCUGGUAGGCGCGGUCAUCUUCGGAACGGACCACAAGUCCCCGCCCGUGAUGGACUCGAGCGUCUAUUUCUUGUACCUCCUCCCGCCCAUCGUCCUGGAGAGCGGCUACUUCAUGCCCACGCGGCCCUUCUUCGAGAACCUCGGCUCCAUCCUGUGGUGGGCGGGCCUGGGCGCCCUGCUCAACGCCUUCGGCAUCGGCCUCUCGCUCUACCUGGUCUGCCAGGUUCCGGCCUUCGGGCUGGGCGACGUCAACCUGCUUCAGAACCUGCUGUUCGGGAGCCUCAUCUCGGCCGUGGACCCGGUGGCCGUCCUGGCCGUGUUCGAGGAGGCGCGUGUGAACGAGCAGCUAUACAUGAUGAUCUUUGGGGAAGCCCUGCUCAAUGACGGCAUCAGCGUGGUCUUGUACAACAUAUUAAUUGCCUUCACGAAGAUGCACAAAUUUGAAGGCAUAGAACCCGUGGACAUUUUGGCUGGAUGUGCCCGAUUCAUCAUCGUUGGGUGUGGGGGUGUAUUUUUUGGUGUCAUUUUUGGAUUCAUUUCUGCGUUUAUCACCCGUUUCACCCAGAACAUCUCUGCGAUUGAACCCCUCAUCGUCUUCAUGUUCAGCUACUUGUCCUACUUGGUGGCCGAGACACUCUACCUGUCUGGCAUCCUGGCAAUCACAGCCUGUGCGGUGACAAUGAAAAAGUAUGUGGAAGAAAACGUGUCCCAGACCUCGUACACGACCAUCAAGUACUUCAUGAAGAUGCUGAGCAGCGUCAGCGAGACCCUGAUCUUCAUCUUCAUGGGCGUGUCCACCAUUGGAAAGAACCACGAGUGGAACUGGGCCUUUAUCUGCUUCACGCUGGUCUUCUGCCAGAUCUGGAGGGCCAUCAGCGUGUUUGUCCUCUUCUAUGUCAGUAACCAGUUUCGGACUUUCCCCUUCUCCGUCAAGGACCAGUGCGUGAUUUUCUACAGCGGUGUCCGAGGAGCUGGGAGUUUUUCCCUUGCGUUUUUGCUUCCUCUGUCUCUUUUUCCUAGGAAGAAACUGUUUGUCACCGCUACUCUGGUCGUUAUAUAUUUUACCGUAUUUAUUCAGGGAAUCACAGUUGGCCCUCUGGUCAGGUAUCUGGAUGUUAGAAAGACCAAUAAAAAAGAAUCCAUCAACGAAGAACUCCAUACUCGUCUGAUGGACCACCUGAAAGCUGGAGUUGAAGAUGUGUGUGGGCAGUGGAGCCACUACCAAGUGAGAGACAAGUUUAAGAAGUUCGAUCAUAAAUAUUUACGGAAAAUCCUCAUCCGAAAGAAUCUGCCAAAAUCGAGCCUUGUUUCUUUGUACAAGAAGCUGGAAAUGAAACAAGCGAUUGAGAUGGUGGAGUCGGGGGUUCUAAGUUCUACAGCCUUUUCCACCCCCCAUCAGGCCCAGAGGACAAAAGAAACCAAAAGACUUUCCCCUGAAGACGUGGAGUCCAUGAGGGACAUUCUGACACGCAACAUGUACCAAGUUCGACAAAGGACCUUGUCCUACAACAAAUACAACCUCCAACCCCAGACGAGCGAGAAGCAGGCGAAGGAGAUUCUGAUCCGCCGUCGGAACACCUUCAGGGAGAGCAUGAAGAAAGGGCACAGCCUGCCCUGGGGGAAGCCGGCUGGAACCAAGAACAUCCGCUACCUCUCCUUCCCCUAUAGCAGCCCUCUGCCAGCAGGCAGAGACAUGAAGGUGGCUGAAUUCACAGAUCACGACGGCAGUGACUCAGAACUCCCUCCCAUCACGUUCAACACACAGUCUCCAAAGGAGUCGAUUCAGGAAAGACGAUGGGCACCUGAAGUCAUCCCGAUGAGGAGCUUACACAGAGCAGGGACGCCACCACACUUUGGUUACCGAAGAAAUGCGAGCCGAGAAGAGCACCUGGGCAGGGGCGGAAGGGCGACUUUGAGGCCCAAACCGCUGUUUCACGCAGUGGAUGAGGAGUUUGAAUCCGAGGAGAGUGAGGAGGAGGCCCCAGCAUUUGGGUCCCUACUGUCAUCGGAGCUCAGACCUGGCGGGGACUGCAACUUGUCCCACAGCCCUUUGCUCCAAAGGAAGUAG